AAAUGAUGUGACAUUAAAUACACACAAACUUUGAAAUAGUUUAUUUUUAAAUUAUAUAUACGAAGAAUAAUCGUUAUUGUCUUCGAUAAGAAGUUAGAUAUGAAAAAUCAUCAUCAUCAUCAUAUAUCGGUGGGGUAAAUUUUAUAAAUACACAUAGUGCAAGUUUCGGGAGACUGUCAUUUGUUUCACAUCUCAAAUGUAAUCGUUUAGAAUUUUUGUUUAUCCCCAACGCUGGUCGGCAGAAAGGGAAUCAUUUGUGAUUAUCAAUUAAAGAUUGACAACACUUAGUCAGAGAGCCCUGUAUUUAAAAGAGAGCCUCCUCCAAUGAAUCUGGGGAAUCGAGAACACAACGUAUUACCAGUAGCUUCUUCUUAUUCUACAAUUGUAGAAAUGAAAUUAAUUGUGAUUUAGAAGAAAAAAAAAAAUUAUCUCGUCUCAAUUUUUUGAGACAAUUUUUCAAAAAUUUUCAUUUCACACAUUAUUCAAGAACUAAUUUAAAAUGGUUGUCAGUGUUGUCACACUGGACCCGAAUCAUCUUCGGAUUUCUGUCAGUCAGAAAAUCGAAUCACAAACGGAUGAGGCCGUUGCUCAAAAUGCCAUUGACGCUACAGGUUUCGGUAAAUUCAAUUGGAAAAUAUCGAUAUUGGGUGCCUUAAUAUUUAUGAAUUCUGCAAUCAGUAUUACCAGUGCUAGCUAUAUCAUUCCUGCUGCAGUAUGUGAUUUUCAAUUAAAGACAAUUGAUAAGGGGCGUAUAGUAAUUGCUCCUUUAUUGGGAACGUGCUUUGGAUGUUUGAUUUGGGGUUUUGUGGCUGAUAUGAAAGGUCGUAAAAAGGCUUUAAUUAUGACUCUAUUUAUUCAAGGAAUCUCAGAGGCCAUUGCUUCUUUUGUACGAAAUUAUUGGAUUUUCUUGUUUUUUAAAUUCCUUAGUGGUGUGGCUGUUGCUGGCCAAGUAGCUUUAUUAUUCACCUAUAUCGGUGAAUUUCAACCAAAGAAAUUUCGCAAAAGAAUUCUUUCGUGGAUGGAGGCAGCGUGGAUCGUUGGCCUGUUAAUUUUACCAAUUUUAGCAUGGGUUAUUUUACCACUGGAAUUCGCUUAUGAUUCCGAAUAUUUCUUCUUUCGCUCGUGGAAUUUAUUUAUUUUAGUCUGCUGUUUGCCAGCUGAAUUAAUAGGCAUUACAUUAUUCUUUUUUCCUGAAACGCCAAAAUUUCUCGCGGAAACUGGACAAAAUGUAAAAUUAUUAAAAGUUCUUGGCCGCAUGUACGAAGAAAAUACUGGAUUACCAUCACAAAAAUACUUUGAAAUGUUAAUGAAUAGUGAAGAUGCUGCAUUGGCGAAAUUGGUUGCACAAUGGCAAAAUAAAUCUCUUGAGGCAGAAAAAAUGACAAGAAGAAGUAAAAAAUUUCAGGAUAUUGUUAAAAGUUUUAAAAAACAAGGAAAAACAAUUAUUAAAUCAUCAUUAUAUUUAAAAAGUAUUUCUGUUGCUUGUAUUAUUGGAUUUUUGGAAUUGUCAUCUUAUUAUUCGCUGCUUCUCUGGUUACCUGAAAUUUUUGAAAGAUUUGCUUUAUUUGAGCAACAUUAUCCCAAUGAAACGACAAGUAUUUGUUCUGUUUCUAAACAAUUAAUUCCUCUCAAUUCUAGUUUUGAAGUCGAUAUUAUUCCUGUUGCUUGCAAUCGUCACAUAGAUCCCAGUGUUUUUAUAAAUUCUCUAUGGUUAGCAGUCGCUUGUAUUCCUGCUGCUGUGAUUGUACCACUUUUUGUUGAUAGAAUGGGAUUUAAAUUCUUUUUAGUAUUUACAAAUGCCAUAGCAUUUGUCGUGACUUUAGGACUAUUUUUGGUGAAAUCCUCCCUUCAAAAUUUAGUACUUUCAUGUAUUUUUGAAUCAAUGACAUCUAUGGCUAUGAGUCUCAUGUAUUGUCUAUUAGUUGUAACAUUUCCAACAAACUGCAGAAUGAUUGCGGGAACUCUUUUAGGAUUAUUUGGUAGAGUAGGAAGUCUCGUAGGAAAUAUGAUGGUUACAUAUUUAAUUGACGACUACUGCGAUACAUUAAUUAUCAUAGUUGCAGUUCAACUUCUUGUGGCAACAAUUCUAAGUUUCAUCGUUCGCUAGAAACACAAAUGCGCAUAAUAAAUGGAGAUCGCAAUUUUAACUUAAUUUAUUAAAACUCAAUAAAUUCAUUAAUUUAAUUUGCAUUUUUAAGAUAUAAGACAGCACUCUUGUCGAACAUGAGGCUCUCGUUUUAAACGCAUGUAUACAGUUUUCUGUUUUUUUUUUCUUUUUUUUUAUAUAAUAAAUAACGAGUAACCAAUUACAUUUUUUUAAAAUACACGUGAUAAAAAAUUGGUGCUCAUAAAAAUUUAGACAAUUUUUUAUUUUUAAACUUCGAUUAUAUACACAAAAUAGUAUUACUUCAUUUUACAAUUUUUUUCUACGACCGUUGUACACUAAUAUUAAUGUAUAUUUAUAGUUAAUGAAAUUGUAAAUUUAAUUUAUAUAUUAUAAAAAAUAUUUUUUUGUCUGUAUUAUGUGACUUUGAAAAAUUUUUAAGAAAAGAAUUAUAAUGUGCAAUAUAUUGUGUGAAAUGUUUGCGAGAAUGUUGAGUAUAGAAAAUAAAAAUUGUUAUUAAAUAUUUUUUAAAAGAA